AUGUCGUCUUCAGCACAAAUCCUCCCAGUCGGCGCUGGUUAUGGUGUCGUGAUUGGUGCUGGGUUCUUCUUUGCUUUUGUGAUGAUGGGUAUCUCGUACCUCCAAAACAAAUAUACGCAGUUCAGUACCAAGACUAGCGAGGAAUUCAACACUGCUUCUCGUAGCAUCAAGCCUGGUCUUAUUGCGUCUGGUAUUGUUUCGGCAUGCCACAUUGCUACAGAGUUCCACGACCCAGGNUACGCUGCUGGCGCCACGGUCCAGAUCUUGAUGUUCUCCAUUCUUGCUUGCAAAGUCAAGAUGAAUGCGCCUCGCGCUCAUACCUAUCUCGAGAUUGUUCAAGCUCGCUAUGGUCGUACCGCCCAUAUCACUUUCCUCUUCUUCGCUUUCGUCACCAACAUUCUGGUCGGCUCGCAACUGCUACUCGGUGGUUCAGCUGUAGUGACCAGUCUAACUGGCAUGAACGUCUAUGCAGCCAUCUUCCUCAUUCCGGUCGGCGUUUGUGCCUACGUGGUUCUCGGCGGCCUGCGAGCCACUUUUCUCUGCGACUAUAGUCACACAUUGAUCCUCAUGAUCAUCAUACUGUACUUCAUGUUCAACGCCUAUGCGACCAACGACCUCAUCGGAUCUCCUGGAGAAAUGUAUGAGCUACUAAAGAAGGCAGCGGUGCAGAGGCCAGUAAAAGGAAACGUUCAGGGCUCUUAUAUGACACUCAAGUCGAACUACGCCCUGAUUUUUGGUGUUAUCCAACUCUGCUCUGGCAGCGGCACAGUUUUCCUUGACCAGGCUUACUGGCAGCGUGCUAUUGCUUCUCGGCCCACCACUGCCGUCAAAGCAUAUAUCUUGGGUGGUAUUGCCUGCGAUAUUUCUGCCGGACUUGCGGCAGCUUUCUCAGCUCAAGCAUUGCUAGGCAAAGGUGGCGCGGUGGCUCUCCUCAUUGUCCUCUUCAUGGCAGUCACAUCAUGUGCUUCCGCCGAGCUGAUUGCUGUCUCUUCGCUGUUGACCUUUGAUGUUUACCAACGCUACAUUCGCCCGACCGCUUCUUCUGCUUCCCUGAUUUUUGUCUCUCACGCCAUGAUAUGCGUUUUUGGACUGACCAUGGCCGUGUUUGCCUGCAUCUGGAACGCCAUUGGUAUUGAUCUCGGCUGGCUUUUUCUAGUGAUGGGACUUCUGAUAGGUGGUGCUGUCUUCCCUGCCGCCUUUAGUAUAACCUGGCGUGCUCAGAGCGCUGCAGGAGCAAUUACUGGAGCCAUAGGCGGUCUGAUCAUCGGCAUUGCGGCCUGGCUUGCCGUUGCUAAGGUCUACUUUGGCGAGCUCACUAUUGCCUCCACAGGUACGGAGUAUGCUACUCUAGCAGGCAAUCUCGCAGCCAUCAUGUCUGGUCUCAUUCUGACUGUGGUGGUAUCUCUGAUCAAACCGCAGAACUUUGAUUGGGCGAUCACCCGUGGUAUCAACGCUGAGAGUGCAAUGGUAGUUGAAUCACAACUUCAACAAAAGCAGAUGCAAGAAGCAAAACUCGACACAGCAACCGCAACGACCAACCCCACCGACGACGGAAAAGUAUCAGCAACACCUGAGAAAGACACCUCACCUACACCCUCGAUCUCUGAAUCCUCGCCUCAGCCACCUCACCAAAGCACCAUCACAACACAAGAAGACGCCGAACGUGCCGCCGACCGCUUGACAGAAGAAUCUCCCAAUUCCCUACGAGGAGCCUUUAAACUCGCUUGCAUCUCUGCCUUUGUCUUGACCUUUAUCAUGGACUUUUUGCUUCCCAUGCCCAUGUUCUUUAGCCAUUAUGUGUUUUCCAAAGGCUUCUUUACUGCGUGGAUUGUCAUUAGCUUUAUUUGGGUGUUUGCUAGUACGGCGAUCUCGGUGGUGUUGCCCGUUGUGGAGACGGCUGGGUUCUUGAAGGGGUUUGCUGGGGAUGUGUUUGGGGGAGGAAGGCGAAGGCGUGAUGUCUGGAUUACAUGGAGGUAUGAGGUUAUGAGGAUUAUGAUAUAUUACGACAUCUGA